CUUUCUCUCCGCUCAGCUCGUUGCUCUGUUGAAGGCUGCGUGGCUCCCCGAGAAGAAGCGGAGCAGCUGAAUUGAAAAAAAAAAAAAAAAAAAAAAAAAUAGUGUGUUUUAUUUUCGGGCUUAAACUAAAAGCUUGCGACGCUCACAGAUGGCUCAACCAUUUCCCAUUAGUUUAGGACACGUAUUAAACUCGGAAAGCGGAUUCGUCUAAACUGAGCCACAACUUCAAACAGAUCGACGGCGGAACAAGUUGUAACCGAGAUAAAGGAAUCCGGAUCAGCUCUGCUCCGAUCAAGGUCCAAGGCAAGAUGUCUGUCAGUAACCACGAAAACAGAAAGUCUCGCUCUAGUUCCGGCUCCAUGAAUAUCCAACUCUUCCACAAGACGUCCCAUGCCGACAGCUUGUUGACUCAACUCAACCUGCUGCGCAAACGAAAAGUCUUCACAGAUGUGGUUCUGAAAGCCGGAAACCGAUCCUUUCCCUGUCACCGGGCCGUCCUGGCUUCCUGUAGCCGAUACUUUGAGGCCAUGUUCAGCGGUGGGCUCAGGGAGAGUCGUGACGCGGAAGUCAACUUUCACGACUCUCUCCAUCCAGAGGUGCUGGAGCUCUUGCUUGACUACGCCUACUCAGCCCGAGUAAUAAUCAACGAGGAAAACGCAGAGUCGCUCCUAGAGGCCGGAGACAUGCUUCAAUUCCACGACAUCAGGGACGCGGCAGCAGAGUUUCUGGAAAAGAACCUCCACCAGUCAAACUGUCUGGGGAUGAUGCUGCUGUCAGAUGCCCAUCAGUGUCAGAGACUGUAUGAGUUGUCGUGGAGGAUGUGCCUGGCAAACUUUGCUACUCUCUUCAAGACAGAGGACUUCCUCAGCCUGCCCAGAGACAAAGUGCAGGAGCUAAUUCUCAGUGAAGAACUGGAGGUGGAGGAUGAGAGCCUUGUGUACGAGGCUGUUAUCGACUGGGUUAAGGCAGACAUGGAGCAGAGGCAUAGCGAGCUGCCCGAGCUUCUGCGCUGCGUCCGCCUGGCACUGCUCCCAGAAACAUAUCUGCUGAAGAAUGUCGCUUCAGAGGAGCUAGUGAUGUGUCACAAGGUGGGCCGGGAGAUUGUUGAAGAUGCAGUAAGGUGUAAGAUGAGGAUCCUCCAGAAUGACGGUAUUGUAACAGGGUUCUGUGCUCGGCCAAGAAAAGUCAGCCAGGCUCUGCUGUUGCUGGGAGGACAGACUUUCAUGUGUGAUAAAGUCUACAUGAUCGACAACAAGACCAAGGAGAUUACCCCCAAAACAGACAUCCCAAGCCCCAGGAAAGAAUGCAGUGCCUGUGCUAUCGGUUGCAAGGUUUACGUUACUGGAGGGCGCGGCUCUGAGAAUGGAGCCUCCAAAGAUGUGUGGGUCUACGACACAUUACAUGAUGAGUGGUCCAAAGCAGCUCCCAUGUUGGUAGCCAGAUUUGGACAUGGUUCUGCGGAGCUCGACCACAUGCUGUAUGUAGUGGGAGGACACACUUCUCUUGCAGGAUCCUUCCCUGCUUCUCCAUCUGUGUCUCUCAAACAGGUGGAACAGUACGACCCUCAGACCAAUAAAUGGACCCUGGUGGCUCCGCUCAGAGAAGGGGUGAGCAAUGCUGCCGUCGUUGGUGCCAAAAACAAACUCUUUGCCUUUGGGGGCACCAGUGUAAACAGAGACAAGUAUCCCAAGGUGCAGUGCUUUGACCCUUGUCAGAAUCGGUGGUCUGUACCGGCCGCCUGUCCGCAGCUGUGGCGAUACACGGCUGCAGCUGUGGUCGGGAACCACGUUGUAGUGAUUGGCGGUGACACUGAAUUCUCAGCCAGCUCUGCCUACCGGUUCAACAGCGAGACGUACCAGUGGUCAAAGUUUGGUGACGUGACGGCCAAACGGAUCAGCUGUCACGCAGUGGCGUCAGGAAACAGACUAUAUGUAGUCGGGGGAUACUUUGGGGCUCAGAGGUGUAAGACUCUUGACUGUUACGAUCCAUCGUCGGACUCUUGGGACAGCGUGACCAGUGUUCCCUACUCACUCAUUCCCACUGCCUUCGUCAGCACAUGGAAGUACCUCUCAGCGUAGAGGGACACGCUGUCUGAGGUUUCUACGAUCAGCCGCGGCGUCUGGUAUGCGGUCUCCCUUCGACGGCUACAGAGAGGACGAGGACGGUUUUGUGUAUUCCUGCUGUGGCUCUAUCCAACCUGAUUCACAUUAUCUUUAUCUGGAGAGGACUGAAGGCCCGAGUCCUGGAAACGGCCCAGAGACUAGAAGUCUGCAGCCUCUUUCCACCUGAUCUGUUUACUCGUCGUUCUUGUGUAACUUUCCCAUGUAGCCACUAGCCUGAGCUGGACUCGUUGCCAUGUAUACUGCAUGGACUUUACGGCUGUCUCUAUAUAACAUGCAAACCACAGCCUGGACAGACCUAGACAGGCAUAGAUGUGUGCUCUGGGCAUCUGCCUCAGAUUUUUAAUCUUUUCUCUUUCCAUCCCCCCUGGGUCAAAUAAGCUACUGUGACUGUAUCAGCCCUGCACUGCUCAACUGACUCACUCCAUCAUCAAAUGUAUAUUAUCUCACCAGUAGAUUACCAGUUUAACUGGCUCUUAAAGGACUUAUUAGUGUCUCUCACUGACUUGUUGUUUAACAGUGAACUAAAAAAGAAAGUCAGCUGUCCUUUGUUGUGGUUCUUGUCCCCUACUGACACUGGGCGUUUACUCAGGUGUAAUUUAUUUGGACUGCUGAUAGACUGAAUUAGACCUUUGCUCUGCCAGGCGUAUGGGGAACUAGAGAAGACAUUUGGGGAAGUGUAUGAUUUUGUGCACAGAAACAAUCUUCCUGUCUGUAUUUUUAGACGUUGGACUUGGGCUUCCCUCAAUUUUGGUGAGCUAAAUUUGUAUCUCCUCCUCAACUUAAAAUACAAGCUCGCAAGAGAGAAUGUGACCCGUUACGGCUGAAGAAGAUACUUUUCUGUUUCAAGAUGCUAUUUUGAACUUGUUUUUUUUUUUUUUUUUGUCUCAGGGUUAUGUAUAGUUUUGCCUGUAUUUGUUCAAGGAAGGGUAAUGUUUUUGUUUUAUGUCUUUUUCUGGUCUGAAUACUUUGUGAAUGUACUAGUUUUGUGAUAAACAAUUUUACAAAACUCGCUCGUUUUAGAAAUGUAUGAUUACGCUUAAUAGCAGUGGUCAUAUUUAAAACAUAAAUGUUGCCAAAACCCAAAUUGCUAACCUUAGUGUUAUUUUGGAUUUAGAUAAUGAAAGCUAGGUGUUUUCAAAAGUAGUUAACUUUGUAGCUAUAAUAUUUGAGUAUCUUUAAUGGAAGUCUUUUGUGUGUAUAGUUUGUAUAUUUCAUUUGUAGAAGCCUUUGAUUUGCACAAUUUGUACAAAGAAAUUUCUUAAUGGUCUUAAUUUUUUUGUAUCUUUGUCUUAAAACAGCUUGGGAUAGUGUGAAUAAUCAAAGCCUUUUUUGUAGCACAUAAUUGAAUUUUUUUUCUCUGUCUCAACAAUCUUCAUUUGUGUGUAGGUUCCCAAUAUAUCAGAUAUACCGGUAUAUUAAGCUAUUACUGAUACACUAUCUGUUACUUCAUGUUCCACUGUUCAUAACUUGUCAAUAAAUGUCAUCUUGUUGAAAACA